UGCGAUGACAUCAUCCGCCUUUUCGAUUCCCGAGGCAAACUGUGUUUCAGCUCCAGAACGCAAACCAGGAAAGGUUGAAACGGACAACCGAGACACUGAGGGGCUCAAUCAGGGUUCCCCGCCUAUAACAUAGCAAAGAGACUGCGAUCCAACUCGUAUCGGCCACAUUGGAGUUGAAACCGUUCAACUGACGGUGAUAUACCAGGCCUAACCCUCCUUCCGCUGCCCCGUGCCCCUCCUUUAAAAGAAAUACCACUCCAGCAGUUUGAAAUCGGUUCGGCUACAUGUGGUGAAUAUUUUAGCCGUGUAACAACAACCCGAAAGAGAGAUAAUUCUCAAUCUUUCCCUGCAGGACAAAGAAAGCACUGCCCGCGAAUUGGAGAGCACUAAAUACGUGUGGUCUUUGUCCCUCGAUUAACUGGAAGCUCUGGACGGAUUUCUUGGCACCGCCAUAACCGUAUACCUAAUACGGAGUAAAGAGCUGCUUAAAAGGAGACGCCUUUUGAGGACAUAGAAAUUUACUUCACUGUUCGAUUUACGAGCACCUACAUUGUGAAAUCGAUUCAUUAGUCGUUUCUCCUGCCGUUUCCCCAAAUACGUACAAAAAUGCCAUUCCCAAGUGCCAAGGUAGAAAAUGUCCCACCGACGCUCACGCCCGAGCCUGACUAUUUCAAAACCAAUCCUCCACCUCGUGAUCUCCAAGAGCAUGCUACGCAGGCCCAGGAGUUUGUAAACCUCCAUCUAGUGGCAAACAGACGGGUGGUUCUGGUCACAUCCGGCGGGACUACCGUGCCCCUCGAAACCCAAACGGUGCGUUUCAUCGACAAUUUCUCUGCAGGCACACGAGGUGCCACAUCAGCUGAAUACUUCCUCCAAGAAGGCUACGCAGUGAUAUUCUUGCAUCGUCAAUUCAGCCUCCUCCCGUACUCGCGCCACUACAGCCACUCGACAAACUGCUUCCUAGAUUUCAUGGACGAGGCCGUCGCGCCACCCUCAUCGUCUCCCGGCCAUGAUGAAAAUAGCCCGGACCACGGUGCCGUAGUUGUCCGCCCAGAGUACCAGGACGAAAUGCGCAAAGUGCUUCGCCAGUACCGCCACGCGAAGCAGAACCAACUCCUCCUGCUUAUCCCCUUCGUGACAGUGACGGAGUAUCUGUACGAGUUACGCUCCCUUGCCACAAUCAUGCGACCCUUGGGCGCCAAUGCGCUCUUCUACCUCGCUGCGGCGGUUUCAGACUUCUUCAUCCCACGCGACCGCAUGGUAGAGCACAAGAUCCAAUCUUCAAACGAAGUCACCACGCCCUCUUCCCAACCCACACAAGGCCACAGCGUCAUCCCAGCCGACCGGAUCUACACAGGUUUCAAUGACCCACAGCCACCAACGCACGGCAAGAAACUGAUCGUCGACCUGGACCCGGUCCCCAAAUUCCUCCACAGCCUCGUUAACGGCUGGGCACCACAGGGCAGCAUGGUCGUCAGCUUCAAACUUGAAACAGACCCGUCGCUGCUGAUUUCCAAGUCCGAGCAGGCACUGAAUCGCUACUCGCAUCACCUCGUCAUUGGCAAUUUGCUCUCGACGCGCAAGUGGGAGGUUGUGUUUGUUGCUCGGGGCGCGGAUGGGAAGAUUUCCGAGCACUGGUUGCGGAUCCCGAAGACGGCGGCGGCGGCGCCACAGAGUGGUUCAAGGAGGUUGAGUUGGAAUGUAGUCCAACCACAUCAACAAAAUUCUGUGACGGAAGGGAAGAAGGAGUAUGGCUUCCAGGUGACGACGGCAGAUGUCAAUGCGGGUGAGAUGAUAGAGAUUGAGAGCUUAAUUGUUCCGCAGCUGAAAAAGAAGCAUACGGCGAUGAUCGAGGCAGUACUUGCAGGGAAGAAAUAGGUGUGUUUGUCUUUCGCUGAUGUUGAUGUGUAUGCAGCGACGUUAUGUGUGGUUUCGAUUGUAGGUUUCAUUUUUUGGAAGCGUGGUGAGAAUCGCUGUUUGACACCCACACCCCGUGAUAUAUAAAGCCAGUAGACACCUGCUUUAUUGCAAUUUUCUAGUACUAGAUAUAUUUACUGUAUAGCUGCAUAUCGAAUUACAUUCAUAGAAGGAUGAUCCAUACAAAGUUAAAAGUCGAGCUAUAUUUUAAUAAUCCUUGUAGUACCAAGGAACUUAAAAC